GCCACAUCCACCGGUUCCGUCUGCGGACUUUUCGAAAUCAGCUAGUCCAUCGGUGCCAUAUGGCCCGGUUUCAGUCGGCUCAAUAUCGUCAUCGGGUCCCGUUCUCGCCAAUCCCCCGAUGAUAGUGGUCCCGGUGCUGGCAAGUCCAUCGGUGUCACCAAGCCCUGAUUUGACUAGACUGUCGGCGCCACCGGGAGCCAUUACAGCUAGCCCUUCUCCACCACCACCAGGGGCUAGACCCGAGAUUCCAAGGAGCGUCAUGAAGACCAUGUCACCUCCAAAAUUCUUCAAGAUCAACAACUUAGCUACGCCGUAUGGUUUUAAGCAGGUUGCAGGCAAUGCGUCUACGUCUGAGGACUUGAGUUUGGCGACGAAAAGCGAUGCGACACUGAAAAACAGCAGGGCGAACAGUGUGGAAGAUUCGCCAAUGAAGAAUGCCAAGGCACCGGUCGUUGCACCACCACAACCGCCACCCAA